AUUCGCAUAUGGCCGCAUGUGGUCCAACUGUUAGGAUCGUUUGAACUUUCUUCCCGUAAGAAACGUUAGUACUCUGAGUGGGAAAACUAACCACUGUUGGUAGUGAGUUUAUAUGGAAGUUUUUCCCCAGUUUAUAACUGCAGCGUGUUAAAGGGAAUGUUUACCGGUUUCGGCGUUUCGUUUUUCUUUUUUCGUAAGCUAUCGUGCAUGUCCGGAGUUGAUGUAUGGUUGUGGGAAUAAAACUAACCUCUAAAUUUGACGCUGUCUUGUGUUUCGUUCUUUUGAGAAAAGAAUGAAAAAAAAUGGUAAUCAUGUAAAUGCACGAUGCCGUUUGUGUUAUGGUGGUGGCUGAAUAAGUUAAUCAUGUGCUGAAGGAAGCAAUGUUAAGCUUUUUGUCGGCGUGGAAAACAAAGUGCUAGAACUGCCUAGCGAUUUCAAACCACACUUAAUUAGGGUGGAAAUUUUCGCGCCAUUACUUGUGCUUUCUGGUUUCCAAACUGAUUUUCCGGGGGAGAGGAAACAGGUUAUCGCAAUGAGCAGCACCAAUUCCGGUGAAAAUCGGCUAAAGUGAAACAAUUUAUUAAGUCAAAAGCGAUGAAGAUAAACUGUGUUUACAGUCAAGUGGAUCUUCAUUUGAGCAAUCUAGGAAGAAGGUGCGAGAGUAUUAUACCGUCAAAGUAGGCCGUGGCGUAGAUUGCUAUGUACGUUUGGUGGCUGGUUGAUUGCUACGCCUACUUCGUGGGCAUCCGGAAAUGUGAUAAAGAAUAAUUAUUUCAAUUCCACGUGGCAUAACGAAGAAAAAUGAAGAACGGCAGCUAAGUGGUGAUAAAGUUUUAUUGUGGGUUUUAUUAGAAUACCAAAAUUUUGUUCCUCCUCCGAUUCAUAAACCCAUCAACAAUCGAUAAGGAUUCAGAAAAUUCCUUGCACAGGUUGCACAACAUCAGCCGGUAGUUUGGAGUACUUAAACAGCCAUAAAAAGUAGAAAACAUUUAGGAGGAUUCCGAAGGGCGUUGGGUGUUUGUUCAAUCUUUUUCCACUGAUUCGCUUACAGUGAUGUGUUGUGCGUCUGUCCGGAGCGAAAAAUAAAUAGUUAUAAAACAUUAUUAUACAAAGAAGAAGAAAAAAAAAACUACGCCACUGGUGCUCGGAAAUCCCAACGUAGGAUAAUGUUGAUUUUAUCCAGAGCAAUGUGGAAUGGUGAAACAGCGCCGAAAAACAACAUCAAAACACGUGAUAGAAACAUACGCAUAGUGAAUAGGCCCGACUUAGCUCUAGGUCAGUGAAGCAGAAAUUUCAGGGUCCGGAAAAGAAAUACGUAAAGGGUCCGGUGAGAAUACUGACUCACUUAAGUUGGGACUUUAACAGAGAAAAAAAAACACAAAAAUAUAAUCACAAAGAGCAGUAUCCGCAGUCAUUGGAACAUGAUUCCACAAUCGCUGGCAUCAGGGACGAUCCGGUCUCCACCGACAAAGAACCAGAACCGUACCCGGAACGCAAUUCGUGUGCUCUGAGCUGCCGGAAAAACACUUUUCAACAAUGGACAAACAAUCGAAACAUCAUUUGAGGCAAUCAAAUAAGAGGUUCAUCAUCUCGGCGGCCGAUUGGAACAAUAGCAGCAGACAAAUUCGCCACCAACCCUAAACGACACCGCAAAUAAUCGGCAUCCAGCUUCCAGGGAGGGAACAAACAACACGUUUACCAUACACACACUCACGCACGCACAGGCUACUGCCAAGCUGGCAAAACUUCAUUCACACGGCCAACUAGACGAAUUUAUUGAGUGGGCCAUUUUUCGCAAACGUGCAUACGAGUGAACGAAUAAUGGUGAGAGGAUGGCAAUAGUGCUAGUGAUACCGGUAGUAAGCAACAUUACAAAUUCGACAGACAAUGCAAACGGAACGAGUACGCCGCUGGACGAUGGAGGAGGAGGAGGGGGAGGGACAGGAGGAGACGGAACGGAUGGAGGAUGUCCUCGGCAGGAGGAGACCUGGUAUCCCAGCAUGCUCGGCAUCGACCUAGCAGUCCCACAGUGGGAGGCAAUUGCUACGGCCCUAAUCCUAACGCUUAUCAUCAUCAUUACCAUAGUUGGCAACAUCCUCGUGAUACUGAGUGUUUUCACCUACAAACCAUUGAGGAUAGUUCAGAACUUCUUCAUCGUAUCCCUUGCUGUGGCUGAUCUGACUGUGGCUAUCCUAGUGCUACCAUUCAAUGUAGCCUAUUCGAUACUGGGCCGUUGGGAGUUUGGCAUCCAUGUAUGCAAAAUGUGGCUCACAUCAGAUGUGCUCUGCUGUACAGCUUCGAUUCUAAAUCUAUGUGCAAUAGCAUUAGAUAGGUACUGGGCCAUUACCGAUCCAAUUAAUUAUGCUCAGAAGCGCACCCUAGAGCGAGUGCUAGCACUGAUUGCUGGUGUAUGGGUACUAUCGCUGUUGAUCAGUUCGCCCCCGUUGAUCGGCUGGAACGAUUGGCCGGAAGAAUUCUCGAGCGAGUUUCCAUGUCAAUUAACAAGCAAUCAAGGCUAUGUCAUCUACUCAUCGCUUGGGUCAUUUUUCAUCCCACUAGUCAUUAUGACAAUUGUCUACAUCGAAAUCUACAUUGCUACACGUCGAAGGCUCCGUGAAAGGGCUCAGGCGUCGAAAAUUAACACACUAGCUAGUAGGAGUAUCGGAGUUACAGGUGAAAAAGAACCGGCCCCGGUCCAACCGAUUCCGGACCGGGAAUCAAUUAGUAGCGAAACUAACCACAACGAACAUCCCAACAGUACCAGUAGUAGUAGCACCGAGCACCGUUCGCAGCGGAAACGAAAAAAGAAUGCCAAGGAGAAAAAGGAAGCAAAAGAAGCUGCCAAACGAGCUAAGCAGGCGGCGGAAAACCAACUCCGCCUUGCACUCCGCGAUGAAGAUUCCGUUACGGAAUGUCCGGAAAACUCGUUCAACAGCGCCAAAGCAAACUGUGAUAUUAAUUCGGCCAACGUAGUAGGUCCCAACGGGACAGCUGCCAUUGGCUCGGCGGAGGACGACAACGACAAGGCGCUCCAUCCGACCAACGGAGCUGGAACUGACGAUAAGAAGCAACAAAAAACAGGCGGCUCAUCCGCUAGCUCAGCGUCCAAAGGUCGCAUGAAACAAUCCUUCCGCAAAACCGGUGGCAUUAAUCAGUUUAUCGAGGAAAAACAGAAGAUUUCCCUAUCGAAGGAACGAAGGGCGGCUCGCACUCUCGGCAUCAUCAUGGGAGUAUUUGUGGUUUGCUGGCUGCCCUUCUUCCUCAUGUACGUCAUCCUGCCGUUCUGUCCAACUUGCUGUCCAACGAACAAGUUGAUUAAUUUUAUCACAUGGCUCGGAUACAUUAACUCGGCUCUCAAUCCUAUUAUUUACACUAUAUUCAAUUUGGACUAUAGACGAGCAUUCAAGCGAUUACUCGGAAUCAAACAGUAGGUAGGACGGCCACACAGUAGGCACCGAAUUUCAAAACAUCCCCCAAAAAGGCAAUCUCAGUAGGCAGGCUGGCAGUUGGUAUGGGAGACAAUCAAUAAAUCAAACCAUGACCGAUGUGCUGCAUUAGUGCGGCCUUUACCUGGAACUUUCGAGGAACCACCCAAAUGGUUGUUAAGCUCUUUUGUCUAUUAUCAAACAGGCCAGAAUGAAGAUUAUGAUGUUAUUAAUGGUUGGUCAUAACGGUUGGUUUAGGUUGGUGUUUUCUCACCAUUUCAAUCUGAAUUGUAACCACACGAACGCAGAAUAGAUUGUUAUAAUGAGUUAAAAUUUUCAAACUUCAAAUUGCAAAAUUGUUCAAAAUAGAUAUCAUGGACAAAGUCAGGAUUUUAAAUUUUAUUCAAACAAAUGCUAAAUAUGCUUGUCAAAAAAAAAUCCAGAUCCAUCUAGUCCAUCUCUUCUCCUCUCCGCAAACGGAAUAGUAAAUCCUUCGGCAGUAAAAUACGCUUCCGGAUCACAGUUGGCUGUUUUUUUUUUCUAGGAUCCGAAACAUGCAAAGUAGGCAGUGUGUGGCUCAACAACGACGAUAAAGAAAAAUAAAAACAAAACAGCUAUAGAGCCAUGUGCCUGCCUAAUGUCAGCCAACAGCAGCUUAGGUUACAUUAGCAGUGUGGUGCUGCCAGCUGCCAUUGACGCGUGUCAUGGCCAACUGUGACCCGUUUCGCAAAAAGGUGUCCUCUGUCGACACUAUGAAUGCCAAUGAGAUCCGUAAAACUUUCCUACCGAAGAGAUUUUUUCGAGGCCCAGCUUUACUUUCUAGCCGAGGGGAAAAUUAUGUUCAGUACAAUAAUGGAUGUUUUCCAGGAAUGGGAGACAGCUUAAUUGUUUACGGAAAUAAGACUUUGAAGAAGGCAUCGUUUUGUUUUCCACCAUUGAGAAAAAAACAAAUUGCUGGAUUUUCUAUUUACAAACAAGGCAGGCUAGAAGAGUUCGUACAAUAGUUUUACCAAAGCCCCCAUAAUGUUAUGUACUCUGCUCUUCAUCCUUCGGUGUUUUUAAUAUGACCUCCUGACAACCACCAGCAGAAGUUUGGCUUGGUCCGAAGUUCGUUGUAGCCAGACGAACAAGCAAGCAAGCAACGUUUCAUUUCCGGAUCAGAAGCACUUCCUGACAGUCAACAAGCUACGAUAUCCGCUGCUUAGGGUACAACAAUAAAACAAAGGAAAACCACAUCACAUCGUUACAACCAGUCAACUUUACCGUUUUUUAUGAUCCCCUGAGCUUGUAGGUACUGUUGCCAAUGAUGAAUGAGAAAGUGUAAUUUGUCUGUUCCGCGUAUUGUAAUUUGUUGGGAUCUUCUUGGUUUUUGAUAAAAAAAACAAUGCAAUUAGCAUGUAGGUACUUCAUAAAUUCACAAUAAUUUUAAAAUAUUUUAAAGUUUCUGUGUUUAUCUAACGCGAGAGUUUGGACCAGACCCUAUUUUUUAGCCGAUUUGUAAACGACCAUUAUUGGGAAAUUUCCAUAAAGUUCAUUGAUUUGCAAUGAUUCUCUAGAAAUAGUCUCUUUGAAAUUCAAAAGCAUCAUAUUGAAGAGAAAAAUUUAUGGUGAACCGACGAUAAACCCUACUCUAGACGAACAUUUUCUUCAUCGUCCACAAAGAGUUCGAAUAACGACAUCAAAUAUUCAUACCUCUGAGAUAGACUUUGGGGGAUUGGCAUUUAUAACAAUCAUUACUUACUUACUUACUUAAUGAUCCCGCGCCGAUCCUCCGGUGCAUAGGGCCGUGGUAAAAGACCUCCACUGUUGACGAUCCGGAGCCAGCGUCUUCACCUGGUCCCAGUCAAGAUUCUCGUCGACAGUUCGGAUUUCAGCGGCUAGGCUUCGCCGCCACGAAUUUCUGGGUCUGCCUCUUCUUCGAUGACCUUCUGGAUUCCAAUCUAGCGCCUCUCAAACAAUCAUUCGAAGUUCUUUUUCCGGUUUGCAGCCGGGAUUAUGGUUUCUUCUUAAUUUAUCUUCAAAACGAAAAGAGAAAAGCCUGAGUUGAGAGCCAUGUGAAAGAAAGUAAUUGUAAACUGAACUAUCAUUGCUUUCCAAAAAUUUCUUACGAGCCCAAAAGAAAUUGUUGGAAAACUUUGAAAACGGUGAAUUAUGGAAAUCGACUUAACUUCGACAGCCAAGAAAAGUCCACCAAAACAGAUGUAAAUUAAACGGAUAUAAAUAAACAAAAUCAGAUGCUCGUCUAUCUUUCGUCAUGUGAGAUUUAAUCUUUCUACCGAAAUAAUCAAACGCAUCACAGACUCACAUCAAAACUAUGAAGAAGAACAAAAACUCUUUAACCCUAAAAUUUCUAGACAAACUGUUAUAGAAUUAAUUAAAAAAGAAAUCAGCUGUAUCAAAUCCUAGAGCCAAUCAUCGCUAAGAACUCAUGUUGCUUUCAGGCACGUUUUUGGUUCCAUUCACAAAUUGUACCUGUUCGCUAGUGAAUGUCGUUUGACUUGUAGAUGGACAAAGUCAUUUAAAGAAAAUUAUAUAUGAAAAAUAACCAGAAAAAAAUCUCUCUCCUCUCAAAAACGAGCCCGAGUCCAGGUCGACCUCCGGGUUGACUGUUAGACUUUUGCUCAACCAACAAGGGAAAAAGGUGCUGAAAGAAUACUUUCAAUAAACUCGAUGAUAAAAUAUUUAAAAAAAAAAACUAUUCGAAGAAGUACAUUGCAUAAAGCUCAGCAACAAAAGGGCCAAUGGAAUAGCAGUUGAAAUGUAGACAAAAAAACUAGUUACACUAUUUGAGGAUUAUAAAUCGCUUGAAGAUGUGUAUAGAAAAAAAUAUCACUGUUAAACAUUCAUGAGAAAUGAAAUCGUAGCAUUUAAAAGUACAGUUUGUUUUAAGCUACAUUCGAAGGACAAAACUGUGAGAUGACCUCCGUGUAAAACAAAACAAAAUCAACAUGUUUUGGUUAGAUUUUUUUUAACCCAUGCAUGACGAUGCGGAAAGUUAGUUUAAAGUUACAAAAAUCGCCAACAAGAAGAUGUAAAAUUUACUAUUGGAAAAGGAAAACGGAAAACGUUUGUAAGUGUAAAUAUAGUACUACGAACCUA